CUGUUGUGGACUUGCAGGUGGCUGCACUCCAUACUGAACUGGGUAUGGAGUGCAGCAUAUCAGGUAAAAUGAUGUACAACAAAUUAUCAAAUGCAGGACUCACAUUUCAGACGCUGCUGUCAUUAUUGUUGCUGCUUAGUGUGGACGGUACAGAUGAAAGUGUCUCACCCACAGCUUCUUUCAGCACUAUUCGUCAGGAUGAUAUUUGUGCCAACUACAAUGGACGCCGCCUAUAUCUUGAGUUGGGUGAACGAGGUAUCUUGACAGCUCAGAAUGUCUCUUCAUCACUAGUGAAUAAUGGAAGGCCUUCCUACACCGGCAGUACUGCUGGAACUGUACCUGGAUAUCGGAACACUAGCUCACAUGAACAGUGCCGGCUUGAACUGAUCACUUGCCCAUCAUGUGUAGUCAGCAUCACUUUUCGACAACUGGGCCUGCCCCACAGUUGUGGUGGAGCCAAUCUUGUUAUCGACAGUCCAUGCCGGUGCGAUUAUGUGUGGGUGUCAGAGCCACCAUAUGAAGAUGUGUCAGGUGUACCGUUCUGUGGAGUUCAUCCCUCACUGCCAGCAGAAGGGCCCAAUGCUGUUACUUACAAAUCCCACACACGAACUUUAACACUUGUGUUACUGUACAGCGAAGUGCAUACCAAUGCAUUUGUCUUGGAAUAUUCUGCAGAACGUAACAAGAAAAUAAUGACAGGAUCUCCAGGGGCUGGUGCCAUACCACCAUCUGCGGGAAAUUUUACUCAUGGAGGAGUCCUAAAAUCUCCAUUUUUCCCAGCACCUUACCCUCGGGACUUAGGUGCAGAAUAUGUUAUUGCUUGCCAACCUGAACUCUCAGUCAGCUGCCGUGUGCGUGUGUUGUUUAGGGAUUUCCAGCUGGCUCCAACGUCUGUGAUGGAGUUUUAUGACUGGAAUGGACAAAGAAUAGAUGUGAGCAGUGGAGCUUUGUUCCGUCCACCUGUCAUACUUAGUACUGGACCUUCCUUAUUAAUUCGAUUCUACGCAAAUGGGGGAACUAGUUUGGGAUACAAAGCAGUUUAUUCCUUUGUUACUGGUAACAUUCCUGAGAAAGCAAUUAAACCAGUUACAGAUUGUGGAGGUACGGUAGAAAACUUUGGUGGAGCUAUAACUAUGAUGAACAUGGUAACAAAUGGAGUUAAAAUGUAUGACUGUGUGUGGCUGAUAAGACCCCCAAAAAACUAUCUACAUCUCAAAACGCAUCUGUAUUUGAAAGUAGCAACAUUUAUGGACAUGGCCGGAAACACUGAACUUGAAAUCCUACGUGGUGUUACAUCUGAACAACCAGUACUAGAAACUCUGCGCCAUCCAGUGACACAGUUGCAGCCACCACGCUACAGAGAGCAUGUAGUUCCUGUUGAUGUUGGUUUUUACGUGUCACUUCGUGGAUCAUUUGGUCCUACAUCUCGCCUUGCUAUUGUUUAUGCAGCAUUCAGUUACAUGGAUUGUUUCAGUGGUUCUGAUACACUUUGUCAGAAUCACCGGUGUAUACCUUCACAGUUAUACUGUGAUGGUUUUGACCACUGUGGUGACAACAGUGAUGAACCUGCAACCUGUUAUCAAGAUUGGAAGACAGAACCUCAUCAGGAUCGUCAUUGGUAUUCUCAUACACCAAAUUAUUACUUUCCAAAAAUUGAACGGUAUCCCGACUUAAAAACAGCUACUCUUGUGUUUGUUGUCAGUAGUCUUGGUUUAAUUCUGUUAAUUGCUGCUUUAAUAAUUUUACUAUAUCGAAUGGGAGCAAGAGCACGUCAACAAAGAGAACUACAAAAUCAUUUGCAAACUAUCAGUGAACUUCUCGAUCAUGAAUUUAAUGCAGAUGGUGCACGUGUUGAGGAGAUUGUGCCAGAUGAUCCACCAGUUUAUGAAGCUCCUCCAGAUUAUGAUGAUGUUAUAAAGGUCUUCCCAGAAUUAACACGUAGUCAGCGCCAUAAAAGGAAACGUGAGUCUCACCAGCAGGAUUCCAGCCCUCACAGCAGAUCAACAAGUGGUGAAGCAUCGGCAGAUGCAAGACCUGGCCGAGAUCUUCAUCCAGGAAUAACGUACACCACUACCUCUGAAAUAUCACAGCAGAGAUAUAUUACUGGCUCUGCACCUGGUCUACUGUUGGUCCCAAGUGACAGUCAGUUCCAUUUAGUGACACCAGCAAUAACAAGUCGUAGUUGCCAGACUACUCCAAUACCUGAUUCACCUCCACCAUCUUAUGUUGCUACAAUCAGUGCAGAAAGAAGCAGAUGUAAUGAGGUACCAAAUGGAAAUUUAUUACUGACCUCCUAUAAUGUUCCUCAGCUUCCACCUCCUAUCACUCCUGAAAUAACUGCAGGAGAAGGAACAUCCUCUGGGGUUAAUAAAAGACGAAAGAGGACAAGAGAAUCCUGGAUGCUAUUUAAAGAUGAAGGAAGUACCAGUGCUAACUCAUCAGAUAUAGAAUGUAAUAGCCAUCAGUAUCGUAAUGAAUCUACAGAUGGUAGCAGUACUCACAGUACGCCAUAUUUCCAUCAGCAGUCACCUUCAAGCCUUGAGCUAGUACAGCAGUACUCACAGUCAUCAUCAGAUGAAUCUGAUGACAAUACAUAUCAGACUACCAACGGUGACUCAUUACAGAUUCCUAGAUCCAACAUUCUAACAAUAAGGCAGCCUUUAACAGAGACUUCAUCAAGUUCCCAAGGACACUCAACAGAAACAGGUUUAAUAAUACAAAAAUUCCAACAGUAUGGGCACCUGAGAACUAACAGUGCAGAUCACAAUUCAAAUCCAUAUAUCCAGCAAAUAUCAGCAACCAGUUCACUUCCAGGAAGAGAAUUUGAGUCGUGCCAGUCACUGUCUGCUGUUGGUGGUCAGUGGGUUGCUCAAAACUUGCAGACAGGUGAGCAAAGAUCUCUUCCACAGAGUCUCAGUGGUCAUUAUUUCUUCGACAAGAUUGUUGUCACAGAAAGAGAUCCUCACAUUAUACUACGUAAUCAAUAUGAUCAGCAAUUCAAAUCUCGAGCAAAGAGUAAGUCAGAACGUAUUAAUAGACAAGUAUCCACACAGCACUACCUAAAACCUAAAGGAAAGGGACAGGAACGAGAUCCUCAUGCUGAAAAGAAUCUCUGCUCCUGUGAAGGAGCAUGUGGAUGUUACAUUGUAGAUAGCAUGUUGCAAAAAAGGACACACAACAUGAAUGGCCAUGUACGGAGCUUGUCAGCAGAAUUUCCUCGAAUUGGAAAUGAAGAAGCUACAUUAUCAUCAUCAACAACAGGAGCAGCAGCAGCAACAACAUCAGAAGCAAAUAAAGCAACACCAAAUGGCUUAGAGGAAAAGAAUAUCAAUGGAACAGAACUUCUGAGGGACUCUGAUAUGGUCACAAGCAUUAGAAACUGCAGCUCACCAGAGGCCCAAGAUUUCUUUUCAAACACUCUCAUCAUUGGUGGAAAACCUGACGUACUUUAGGUACGCAACAAAUCAUCUUUUAGAAUCAUGUUAUGUUAAUGCUCACAGUAACAAAUUUGUUUGUUAAUAGCGGAUAACAUAUGGUUUUUAAAACAUAUUUGAUGUCUUGCUUUUGUUGUUAACUAUUACCUUCAAAGAGAAUGUGACCACAGGUAGCCAUGUGCUCUUGCUACACAAAAAAUAUUGUGGCUAUAGUUCUUUGAUGAAUAUAUAAAAUACAUGGGCCUAAUGUUUUCAUGUGUCAUACAAUUAAAUAAGAAACUAUUGUCAUUCUUAACUUAAAAGGAUAUAUGUUCCUGUAUGAUUUUCCUGUAUAUUAACUGUGUCAUUAUUAGUGCACUUAAGAAAUAAACUGAUAGUUGUUGACAGUUCCUUUGAAAUCAAUUGCUGCAAGUGCUGAGACUAUAGCAUUUCAUUUUAGUAAAGUAAGAUGUGAUUUUAUUAUUUCAAUAAUUACAGAGCUACUUAAAGAUUAAAGAUGAUUCAUGUAUAGAAAAAAAAUAUCGUGAUUUUAAACAUUAUCUCACAGUCUCAUACAAUAAUAGCAAGCUGUAAUGUACUACCAUGCUUACUACUACUGCAUUACUCUACAGCAGCCAUUUCUUAAUACUGUUUCUUUCUCUUGAAGUGACAGAUACGAUAUUGUUAUAAAAGUUAAUUUUGGUGAUACUUGAAUAAAAUUUAUUCUGUCCUUUGCAUUA